AUGCCUUCGCUGCAUCUGGAUAGCAAGGGUGAAAACUGUAUGGGCCUUCGGGAGUCAGAGCCAGGGAUGGUGCUGUGUGUGGCGUGUUACAAGGACAAGAAAGGCAAGCUGGAUGACUAUGAUUUUGAUCUCCGCUGGGGUAAACCUUUCGACAUCGAUGCAACUGCAUGGAUCUUGGACACCUUCUUCCACCGAUUGAUUGGCUGGCACUUCAAAGAGUGGGCCUUCAGCCUUGGAGAUCAACGCUUCGCUCCAGCUGUCCAAAUCCAACGCUUCUUCUGCCGUCCCCAUUCAAGUGGAAAAAUGUCUCUGGGAACUCAAGGGCAGGGAUGGCAACAAUAUCAGGAGGGAUAUCACGAGUGGAAGUGGAAGCGUGGCCUAUUUUGCACCAAGGGGGACGGCUCGGAGGCGCUCCAUAAGGGUCUGGCCAACUACAUUGGUGAUCCCAAGGUAGAAACCAUAUGUGGGUACGAAUCAUGGCUGUUGGGGAGAUGGGAGGGCAAUAAGAAAUGGUGUAACAGUUCCACUCUGCUUGUACUCUUCUUUUACCGAUGUUGCUCAUCAAAAUAG